UCUUCUCAACAGCACUGAGCCUGUGUAUGGAUUUAAUGAUGAUGAAAAAGAAGAAAUUCAAGUUCAAGGUGGAUUUUGAGCUGGAUGAGCUGUCGUCGGUCCCUUUUGUGAACGGUGUCCUCUUCUGUAAAGUCAGACUCUUGGACGGCGGCUUCUCCGAGGAGUCUUCUCGGGAGCCGGUGCAGGCCAACUGCGUUCGAUGGAAGAAAAGGUUUUCUUUUCCGUGUAAGAUGAGUGCCAACGCAGGGACAGGAGUGCUGGACCCCUGUGUGUGUCGUGUAUCUGUCAGAAAGGAGCUGAAGGGUGGAAAGGCAUUUGCAAAGCUCGGUUUUGCAGAUCUGAAUUUAGCAGAGUUUGCUGGCUCAGGGAACACAACCCGCAGAUGUCUGCUGGAAGGCUACGAUACCAAAAACACUCGUCAGGAUAACUCUAUUCUCAAGGUUAUCAUCAGUACGCAGCUCAUGUCAGGAGAUCCCUGUUUUAAAACGCCUCCCUCCACAGCUACAGUAAUAGGGAUCCAGGGAGAUGCAGAGAGCCUGCUGGAGGAGAGGAGGGGAGGGGACUCACAGAAAGCCUCUUCUGAAACUCGAGAGGGGAAGUGUCCGGUUGUUUCGGAUGAUUUUGGGGCCUGUGGGCACUCACGGACUUCCAGCUACGCCAGCCAACAGUCUAAACUCUCAGGCUACAGCACAGGUCAUUCCCGCUCCUCCAGCAUGUCAGAGUUCAGCCACCGGAGAAACCAUUCGGUGGGCAGCGCCUCAACAGGCAUCGGCAGCAUACCAGAACCCAGCGAGGACCGAGACAGAGACUCCAGACCCUGUCCCGCUCUGCCUGAACAUCCAGCCACCACCACCUCCUCCUCCAGCAACCCUACAGGCACACCAGUCCGUAGCGCUUCGUCCUGUGAACGACUCAACAGACACCCAGUGAAGCAGGACUCCAUGGAGUCUCAGCUGAAGAGAAUGGACGACACGCGGGUGGAUGCUGACGACGUUGUGGAAAAGAUUCUCCAGAGUCAAGAUUUUACACCGAGCCUACUGGACUCUAGUGCAGAAGAGGAAGGUUUGCGUCUGUUUGUCGGCCCUGGAGGAAGUACAGCCCUCGGAAGCCAUCACCUUCCCACCAGGGUCGGUGCUGGAGCAUACGAGCAGGUGGUGAUAAAGCGUUAAACCUGUAGCCUCUCAGAGACUGACUGACACACUGCUUACAUCCUAAAACUGGAAGUGAGGCUGUGUCAUAUUUCAAUCUUCAUUCCUGCAGCACACACGUUACCUGAUCAGCACGAUCUGCAGCCUGAUCACCCAGUGAAUGGUAAAUGUUACAACAGUGCCCUCCUGUGUUCAUAUCUGCUACACAACACUGUAGCUUCCUGGUAGAUCUUUAAUAGCAAGAGGUGGACGGUUAUCA